CUCGCGGUAGCGGUUCGCGCUGCCAGCUAGGAUAGGGUGAUUGGUCGUUCAGCAAGCGAAAGGAAGGGAAGGAAGCUGCCCACCGCCGUCCGGUGGUUAUAAGAGACGCCUCUCCGGCCCACUUCCCCUCUUCUUCCUCUUCCACUCCCCAACCACUCCCUCCGCGCCGAUCGAUCCGUCCCGUCUGGGAGGCAGCUCGACGAGAGAGAGAGAGAGAGAGAGCGCGCGCCAAGGAAUUGACGGUUCGCGGGGAGGAAGCAGAGCAGAGCAGGAGAGGAGCUGACGCGGCGGCGGGGCCGAGACGGCGUGGAGGCAUGGACGGGCACGGCGGCGGGGCCGGUAAGCUGACGCGGACGCCGUCGUCGCUGCUCCGUUCGCCGACCGUCCGCGCGGGCCCCGGCGCCGCGUCCUUCCACGCCGUCCUCGACGACCCGGAGCCCGACGACAAGAAGGCGCAGGCGCCGCCCCGGGCGCUGCUCCGCCGGGCCCACCACAGGCUCCGCCCAUGCCCAACCCAGUCCUUGCUCCUCCUCCUCUUCCUCCCGCCCCUCGCGCUCGCCGCGCUGCUCCUGCGCGGGGGCGACGGCGGCCGCCACCUGGCCCUCCUGGCAGCCGCGGCGGGGUUCGCGCUCGCGGCCGCCGCCGCCGCCGCCGCCGCGCGGCUCCGCGGCGCCCGGCCGCGCGGCCCGGCCUCCGUGCAGUGGUUCAUCGGCGAGGGCGACGGCGAGGAGCAGCAGCAGCGGGACAACGUCCGCGCGGAGGUGCGGGAGGGCGUCGAGUUCUACAGCAACGGGGACCGGUACGAGGGGGAGUUCCGCGGGGGCCGCUGCAGCGGCAGCGGCGUGUACAGCUUCUUCGGGAAGGGCAAGUACGAGGGCGAGUGGGCGGACGGCAAGUACGACGGGCACGGCGUCGAGAGCUGGGCGCGCGGUAGCCGGUACCGCGGCCAGUACCGGCAGGGCCAGCGCCACGGCUACGGCGUGUACCGGUUCCACAGCGGCGACUGCUACGCCGGCGAGUGGGCCGGCGGCCAGAGCCACGGCGUCGGCGCCCAGACCUGUUCCGACGGCAGCACGUACGCCGGCGAGUUCAAGUGCGGCGUGAAGCACGGCCUCGGCUGCUACCAUUUCAGGAAUGGCGACCGGUACGCAGGUGAGUACUUCGCGGACAAGAUCCACGGCUUCGGCGUGUACAGCUUCGCCAACGGGCACAGCUACGAGGGCUCAUGGCACGAAGGGAAGAAGCAGGGGCUGGGCACGUACGCGUUCCGGAACGGGGACGAACGGGCGGGGGAGUGGGACUCUGGAGUCCUGAAGAAGUCGCUGCCUCUGUCAGACCCAGCUGUCCAGCGCGCCCUACAGGCUGCUCGGAGGGCUGCGGACGGCGCCUUCCACCUCCCGAGAGUAGAGGAGCAGGUGAACGGGGCCGUCAUGGCUGCCAACCGAGGGGCCACGGCCGCCCGUGUCGCCGCGAUCAAGGCAGUGCAGAAUAGGGUCGAUGGCAAGUUCUGCUUCAUCGACGUGUGAAGUGGGUCCAUGAAUCGUGUGGCAACAAGCUUAGUUGCUGAGGUUCGCGCGACCGGAGCAGCACAACUGCGUGCUCCGUGUUGGAGAGGUCAGUAUAUAUAUGGCAGCCACCGAAGGGUUUGAGCUGCUGCGGUUUUCAUCAUCAUCAAGAGGUUCACGCCCGCCGGCCGUGAUGGAUCUGGAUCGCUGAGACUGUUCUUCCUCGGCCUUGUGCAGACUGUGAGCUGGUAGAUAGCUCCAUGCCUCCAUCGUCCAUGGGUAUCGUAUCGAUGGGGGUCGGUGGAGACGAUCUGUCAGUGCCUCUCUGUAUUCUUUGCUGCGCCCUGUACUGUAUGUGCGUUGUACAUGUACGGUGUCCUCUUGCUCGGGGUCAAAUGUUCCCAUGGCAAAUCUUGCCGGUUUUGCACCUGUGUGUGCCACGUGCGGGGAUUCUCUAUCUGUAAUCGUACUUGAUCAUCAUGCACAUGUGGGUGAUUACAAUCUCUUGUGGCA